AUAUUUAUAUGUUUCCGUGGUGACAUAUUCAUCCCACUUUUUUUUUUCUUUACCUUUCCUUCUCUCAGCUUCUCAUAUACAUAUACGAUCUAUUCAGAUCUUGAGUUAUGGCGCCCAAGAACAAUGUCAAGGGCGGCAAAGGCAAGGGAAAGGAUGCCUCUGAUGCUGGUGGGAAGGACGCAAAGGGUGGAAAAGGAUUGAAGCCUGCUACUUCGAUCAACGUUAGACAUAUUCUUUGCGAGAAGCACUCCAAGAAAGAAGAAGCUCUCGAGAAACUCCGUAAUGGUGCGAAAUUCGAUGAUGUUGCCAGGGAGUAUUCAGAAGAUAAAGCUAGACAAGGUGGUUCCCUUGGCUGGAAAGUCCGCGGUAGUCUCGAUGCCGCUUUCGAAAAGACGGCUUAUGAUCUCGAGCCUAGCACAACUGCCAAUCCGAAAUAUGCUGAGGUCAAGACUGGUUUCGGGUACCAUAUUAUUAUGGUUGAGGGGCGGAAAUAAGAUAGCUUUAUUUGAGAAGUUUCUGUUUGGAAUUAAUUCAUGAUUAUAUAUGUGUAAGAUCAAUAUGCG